AUGUGGUUAUUCGCAGUUAUAAGUCUUGCAAUUGCCACCCCAUGCGUUCGUUAUUGGCUUGAAACUUUAUUUGCCGAGCUUUCAAUCAUCUUUUUUACACAUCUUCACCUCAUAUCAAUUGGUCUCAUUCUCAUUCUUCUCUUAGCGCUCAUUUUCCAUGGUCGUCGCUUUCUACGCAAUCGUCAGCUUGUCACUAGACAACAGUCUCAUGUACAGUAUGAAGACGUCUUUACAGCCAAGAAAACUGCACUUGCUCAUGUCCAAUGGAAACGUGGGACAAAAGAACGUGCGCUCAUGCUGCGUGUCAAGAGCACGACCAGUGAAAUUGCAGGCAGUGGCUUUUAUCCACCCCAGCUUUGGACCUCGUCACUUCUUGUGCUCGCUAUGUUGCCAAUUAUCAGCAGUGUGGUCAUAGGAGGAGGAGGAGAGACUGAGACUGGGACGAAAAUCUCUUUGGACCAUUUUCGUAGUCUUCAAACUGACACGGCAAUAGCUGCUCAGACGACAUUUGAUACUGAUUCGACUGCAGCUCUCGUUGCACUGCAGCAGCAAUUGACGACAUGUAAAUAUUCCGGAAAAGAUGAAUGUAUCGACAAUGUCACGAGCAUUCCAGUCUUGGGAGACUAUCGACGGGCAACAAAUUAUUGUGUAGCAUUUGAUGCUGCCUAUGUGAACGUUACAGCUGGAGCUGCAUUACGAGCUCAGUACUUCCCCAUUGGGGUCGAAGAGGCUAAUGCAGAGGGCUUUGUCAACAACUUUUUAGCAUGGUCGGAUAUGAAUAAGGAGAAAUUCCAGACAGACUGUUCACUUUUGUAUAAUGAGACGGUGGUUGGAGAAGGACACGAUCUAUUGUGUUGCACGGAGACGCAGUACGAGAUGCUCAGUAGGCAGAUCCGGGAAUUGCCAGGACAAUGCACGUCCUGUAAGGAGAACUUACGCAACUUAUGGUGCCAGUUUACGUGUCAUCCUAGCAAUAGUUUGUUUGUGGACGUGACCCAAGUGCGGCUUAUGGCAGGGGACUUGGAUCACGCGGACGAGGUCUUCCCUGCGAUCGAGGAGGCCAUAUACUACGUGGGUAGCGACAUGGUGCGCGACCUCCACGACUUUUGUGAGGCCGACAUGGGAUUCAUGCCGCUAGUGUGUGGCACGAACGGGGACAAGUGCUCAAAGACAAGUUCAGACAUGCUGGAGUACCUGGGCGCGUACAGCUUUGGCAGUACGGGAUCACCGUCGCAAGUUAACUUCACUACGAUGGAGCAACUCUCGACGGCUGAACAGGCAGAAAAGAUUUGUGCUUGUAGUAGUACAAACAUGACUAGCUGCUUUGCGCCGAUGGAUACGCGGCUUGAAUCGUGUGUGGAUACGUGCGGCCCAUUGUGUGCUGUGAAUGCUAAUGACAGCCGUCAAUACGUGUCAGCCUGCUAUAACACUGGUAGCAUCUCGGCAUCGGAUGAUUUGAGUAUUAUCACUUUGAAGAGCACACUCACCCACAGUCGAUCAAGUGGUGCCAGCAAGAUUAAAUCCUUGCUAGCGGAUUUGUCGUCCCGUGCUAAAGGUAAAAGUUUUGUGGUGCUGAAUUACUUUUUAGCUGUGCUUGCAUUCUUCGCUGCAACUGCGCUGGCCCUCGGCUUUGCGUACUCCACUCGAUACGGCAAGAAGAAGCGACAGUCUGUAUUGGGUGACCCUGUUAACGAUUCACUGGGUCCUUCAAUGCUGCUGCUGGUGGAUCUGGAUCAGCUAAAGGGCCUUGGAAGAUGGGACGGUCAGCUAACACAGUAUUUAAAACGCUGGGGAGAUUUUGUGGCCAUGGGGAAUCAUCCACAUUACAUUAUUCUGCUUUCAUCGAUGAUUACAAUCUGCUGUGCAAGCGGCCUACUUCGAUUGGAAAUAGAAACGGACUCAUUCAGGCUGUGGGUAUCGGAGAGCAGCACAGUCUUUCAGGAGAGGUCACGCUUUGGUGAGAUAUUCGGGCCUCUUGACCGGGUGGAGCGAUUGGUCCUUGCAGCGAAGGACGGUGGCACGGUGACGAGGUCGGCGUACUUAAAGGAGGCGAUCCGUUUACAGCAAAUUAUUGAGAACGAAAUCACAUCCGACAGUAUUACGUUGAGCGAUAUCUGCAUCAAAGAUGCUCCGACCUCGCCUUGUCAGGUAAGUGCGGUCACACAGUACUUCCAGAACAACAUGGAGCACUUCGAAGUAUAUGAGACGUACGGUCUGGUCAGCAAACACUUGAGAAACUGUGCGGUUGCUCCGGAGCGAGCAGACGUGGACGUAUGCAGCGAAUUGCGAGUGCAGCUCAAUGCAUCCGGCUCAUCGCUUCCUACUAGUAUGAGAAUGUGUCCGUGCGUGUCGUCUUUUGGCGCACCCAUGACCGAGUUGAAAAAGUACCUUGGUGGACGUAAUAUGCACAAUGACUCGCUGGAUGCAAGCACGUACCUGCAGCAAGCAAGUACACUCUUUUCAACCGCUGCAGUGAUUAAUUAUCAAGACACAGCUAAGAAUACGAACGCAGUUGCUUGGGAGCGUGCAUUUAUUGCGCGAAUGAAGAAAGAAGCGGAGACCAAUGCGCUGUACGACAUUAAUUAUGCUGCUGAGACGUCCACAGACGAUGAAUUUGCGAGUGCGUCGAACAUGGACAUUGUAUUCAAGGCUGUAAUUGGAGGCUUUAUCUUUAUGGCCGUUUAUGUCAUUAUUGGAUUGAAUCACUGGAAGCUGAACCGCCACUUCUUCCAUUUGUCCAAAAUCUGUGUGGGGUUUAUGGGUGCUGCAUGCAUCCUGGCGGCCGUAGUUGGGACGCUCGGAAUUUUUGCAUGGACGGGCUUGAAGCUCCAGGUCGUAACUCUUAUUGCGGUGCCGUUGGUUGUGCUCGCUAUUGGCACCGGAAAUAUUUUCUUGAUUCUUCAUGCCGUUGAUCUGAAACAAGAUGAGCUGAAGAUGGAGCAACGGUCUCUUUUUGUUGGGCUGGAAGACAACGACUUUGGCAUUCACGAGAUUACGUGCGUUCUCCUAUGUGAGGCGACAGGUUACAUUGGUCCCAGUAUGAUCCUGACUGCUACGUGCGAAUGUUGCGUUGUUGCUUUUGCUGCAUAUUCGGCAAUGCCAGCUGCUCAGUGGCUUGCUGGCUCGCUGGUGGUAGCUAUUGCAGCCAGUUUUGCUUUGCAGAUGACGUUAUUCCUAGCGAUCGUCACACUUGAUAAACGUCGCGAGCUGAGCGGCACGUACGAUGUGAUUUGUUGUAAACGCGCGUCAUUUGCCCACCGCCCCCGUCUUUCUGAAGAUGAAAAUACCGCGGCGACCGAAAACUCGUCGUUUCCAGGGAGUUUGUACUCCAUACCUGACUUGAAUCUGAGAGACCGCUAUGUCACUGGCUACGUCAAGGUGUUGCUGAAGAAAUUAUCAAAGGCACUCGUGCUGCUAGUCUUUGCUGUGUGUACUCUGGCGGCGAUCGUUUCUAUUGAGGCAAUGUCCCGUGGUCUUUCACCGACCUCGUUUAUUCCAUCGAGCUCAUACCUGCACGCAUACUAUGGCGCAGUCGAUGAUAUGGACUUGUCAGCUAAAGACUUUCCUGUUUAUUUCGUGGUUGAAGCUGGUUACGGUAGCAACACUGAUCGAUUUAAUAGUCUCGCGAAUGAUACGAAGGCUCACAGCAAGCUGUGCUCGUCAAAGGAGAUUUGUUCCGACUUAUCAAUCCCAAACAUCCUCAACGCUCUGGUAGCAGAUGGUGAAAGCAAUGUGACGCAUUUCAAAGAUGGCGCAGUUGUUGGCUCGUGGCUGGAUGAUUUCUGGGGCUUUAUUGACCCAAACAGGGAAUGCUGCCGCGUUGACCCGGAAAACGGCUACUCGUACUCUCCUUUGUACCCGAAUGAAAGCAGCGAUGAGUAUGUUCUUAAACGCGCCUCAAUGGCACUUUCCUGUUUGGCGGAUGGAAGUGAGAUUCUAUCUGUACCACAAGAAUCAUUCAUGUCAUUGUUUAGUAUGUUUUCUACGGCAGCUGCUGGUCCACUUUGCUCGUACGCUGGAGGCACGCGCUAUCAUAGACAGCUUAGUAUUGACAGCAAAGCCAUCCCUGCAAUGAGCAACGUCACUACUUUGGACGUGACGCUAAAUGGUACUGGAUACGGCAACGAUAUCACUGCGUUUGCGUACAAGGUUAUGAGCACGACUGUGGACUCGUCUACAAAUUCAGACAGCCAAGAGGGGGCAAUUACAGCGUAUUCGCAGGCUCAGUAUAUUGCAAAGUGGAUCAGCGACGAGACUGGUAUUGACGUUUGGGUAUACUCACCCAUGUACGUCUUCUUGGACCAAUUUCACUCCGUUCGUCGCACGGUGUAUAUUGUUGUGGGUGUCGGUCUCGCCAUUGUAUUUGUGCUGCAAAGCGCAGCCCUCGGCAGCUACUGGUACGGCUUUGCAGUGACUUUCAUCGCAGCAGUCACUGUGAUCCAGGUUGCUGGUUUGAUGAUGCCAAUGGAUGUGCCUCUCAACUCGCUUUCCAUCGUGUGUCUUUCGGUCGCUGCCGCUUUUUCCGUGGGAUUCUCUGGACACUUUGUUCGCUUGUUUGCCAAGGCUCGUACUGUGACGGACGAUUUUGGCUACCUCCCAAUGGGAGAUGCCUGUGUGAAGAAAGUAUUGACCCAGUUGCUGUCGUCUUGGACGCUAGGAGUCGCUUUCUCAAAGUUCGUUGCCAUUGCUGCGCUCGCCUUGGUGACAAUACCUGUGUUUGAGCCUGCUGGUCAUUGUUUCUUUCGAACGUUGAUCGCUGCAGCGGUGUGUGCCUGUUUAAACAAUGCUAUGCUGCUACCUGUGGGUCUCAGUAUAUCUGUGGAUAUUAUGGAAGGCCGCAUCCGUGAGGUGAAGUCGACGACGGAGGAAGGUGAUGGAUACUCGUGCGAAAGUCCUUCUUCCUCGUACCACAAUGCACCAUUGAGUGGCAAGUAUUGA